AUGGGGAGUUGGGGUCUGUGUCUGGCCAUGUCAAUCUCCCUCGUCUCCUGGUCCUUCCUCCUCCUCUGCUGCCUGUCCAGUCCUACCCCUAACCCCCUGUCCCUUGCUGACCUGGAGGACUUGAAUGCCGUCCCAGCAGAGGUCAUCAUACACAGCUCUCCCUGCAGCACCACCUGUGGUCUGGGCCUACGCACCCAGGAGCUGUGCCCACUGAGAGAGGGCCAGGUCGGGGAGGAGAAGGACUGCCAUGUCCGGAAGGUCCGCUGUGUGGACUCCUGGCAGUGUGGUCUACAGACUGUCACUGUGCAAGCUGGUCAGCGGUUGGAGCUGGACUGUCUGGGUGAGGUGAUGGAGGCCAUGGGCCGCUUCUCCUUCCGGGUAUCGUGGCGCCACGCCCGGGGGGUGGUGACCACCGACGACUCUCUGCUGAGACGCUGGGACGCCCCCAGGCUGGACCGGCUGAUCUUGGACCCGGUGAGGGAGGAGGAUGCUGGGACAUACCGUUGUGAUGUACAGGACACUGAUUACCGCAGGGUCAAGAGACUCUACCUGGGGCUCAAGGUGCUUCCUCCUGAGGCUCUCAGACUGGACUUCCCCUCUGCUCUGGCUCGGUGGGACGAUGAGGAUGAGGAUUCCCAUGGUAACAUCAUCGUGGUGAAAGAUGAUGAGGACCUGUACAGCAGCACAGUCAUCAAGGGCAUCGUGUUGAAAAGCCUCUGGGUCGCGGUGGCCGUCUUCUUCUUUGGUAUGUACAGGGAAUACGCCCUGGCCCGUGUCUGCCUGGGCCGCCCCGAUGGUCCGCCUCUCCCUAACAGAACCCCUUUCUCCAUUAAUACCAUCACGCCACCAGCAGGUGGCAUUGUUGACCCCAUGUGUACUGCCGCUGAUAGACACAAAUAA